UGGAAUGUAUACACUGUCUCCCUGCCCAGCAGUUCUUUCACAAAGGUCUAGAAAACUGUGAAAGUGCCUUCAGCAUAAGCAAAUCCAGAAUUCUCCCAGGACAAAUUAUUUGCCAACUGAAGGAAAGGCCUGGGUUUAUGGUUUCAUUUGGAGCGAGAGGUGGAAACUCUCCAGAGGGACCAGCCAGAGCAGGUAUCGGUGGAUGUCACUGCAGCAAAACAAGAUUGUCUGCAGAUGCCAUUUGCCUGUUACCUCUGAGAGUAAUCGUAACCAAAAAGAGAGGUGUCAGCUGUGGGGCCCGCGCCACAGGUGGCCUUCCUUUCCGAUCUUCACUGAGCCAUACUCUUGGCAAUACCCACAGGAGUCUUGGUGAAUGGACAUAGAUGCUCUAGGUCUUGGAGCCGCCGCAGCUAAACCCUCCAGCACGUGCUCCCUCUUGGGACUUCUCCCCAUCUUUGUAGGAUGGACGAGGAAUCGCCAGAUGGGCUGCUCUUCAAAGACCAUGACUUCUCCUCUGACUUGUUGAGGCAGCUCAAUGGCUUGAGGCAGAGCAGGAUCCUGACUGACGUGAGCAUCUGCACUGGGGCCUGGGAGGUCCCCUGCCACCGCAACGUGCUGGCCUCCAGCAGCCCCUACUUCAGGGCCAUGUUCUGCAGCGACUUCCGGGAGAGCAGCGAGCCCAAAGUCCAGCUGAAAGGCCUCGACUCUGCAACUCUGGAGCGGAUCAUCCUGUAUGUGUACACGGGCGAGGCGCACAUCACAGCGGAGACCGUCCUGCCCUUGAUGGAGGCCGCCUCCAUGCUGCAGUACCCCAAGCUGCUUGAGGCCUGUUCCUCCUUCCUCCAGAGCCAGCUGGCCCCCAGCAACUGCCUGGGCAUGAUCAGACUCUCUGAAAUCUUCAGCUGUGAGACCCUCAGGAAGAAAGCCAGGGAGGUGGCCCUGACCUACUUCCCAGAGGUGGCCGCAUCGGACGAUUUGAAGGAGCUCUGGGCCUUGGAACUGAGAGAUUACCUGGGAGAUGACGGGCUCUGCGCGGAGGAGGAGAAGGUGUUCGAGGCCCUCAUGGUUUGGAUCAAGCAUGACGUCCAGACCCGGAAGCAAUACAUGCAGGAACUGUUCAAGCAGGUCAGGCUGCAGUACGUCCACCCAGCCUUCUUCUACCACUUCAUCGCCAACGACGCCCUCCUGCAGUCCUCGCCCCCCUGCCAGACCAUCUUGGAGACAGCCAAGAGGCAGGUGUUUUCUUCGUACGGCACCACCAGUGCCCCGGACCUCCAGGCUCUGUGGCAUGUCCCCCCGAGAAACUCUUACCAAGACUUCCUCAUCCUCUUGGGUGGAAGGAAGGACAACCAGCAGACCUCCAGGGACGUCCUGCUGUACGACGGACAGACCGGCCACUGGCAGAGCCUUGCCAAACUCCCAGCCCGGCUGUAUAAGGCCUCGGCCGUCACCUUGCACCGCAGCAUCUACCUGCUGGGAGGCAUGGCGGUGGGUGCGGGGAACAGUGUGGUCAGUCCCAAGGUCUACAUCUUCUCCCUGAAAUUCAAUCAGUGGAGGCUGGGGCAGCCCAUGCUGGCAGCCCGCUACUCCCACAGAAGCACUGCCCAUAAGAACUUCAUCUUCUCCAUCGGGGGGAUUGGAGAAGGACACGGGGUCAUGGGCUCCAUGGAGAGAUAUGACAGCAUCUGCAACGUCUGGGAGAGGAUGGCCAGCAUGCCACUGGGGGUCCUCCACCCGGCCGUCGCUGUGAAAGACCAAAGACUCUACCUUUUUGGGGGAGAGGACAUCAUGCAGAACCCUGUGCGCCUUAUCCAGGUUUAUCACAUUUCCAGAAACACGUGGUUCAAAAUGGAGACGAGAAUGAUCAAGAAUGUUUGUGCCCCUGCCGUGGUACUUGGGGAGCGGAUUGUCAUUGUGGGAGGUUACACAAGGAGGAUCCUUGCUUAUGACCCUCAGUCCAACAAAUUUGUCAAAUGCGCAGACAUGAAAGACCGGAGGAUGCACCACGGGGCCACGGUGAUGGGGAACAAGCUCUACGUGACGGGGGGGCGGCAUCUGACCACGGACUGCAGCAUCGAGGACUCGGCCUCCUUCGACUGCUACGACCCUGAGACCGACACCUGGACCUCCCAGGGGCAGCUGCCUCAUAAGCUCUUUGACCACGCCUGCCUCACUCUCCGGUGCAUCCCCCACCCCUCCACCACCCCCGAGACCCACGAGAAACUGAGAAGUCAUCUGUCCUAGUCAAGAUGCUCUUGCUGCAAGAGACAGAACCCAACUCCAAAAAGCUUAACCCUGGAAGGGUGCAGGGAGAGCUCACAGAACUGCAAGUUCCAGAGCCUGGAGGCCUGGGACCAAGCAUACUGUUGACAGAACACUGUUUCUCUGUCUCUGUCUCUGCCUCUCUAUCUUUUCUCUCUCCCUUUCCCUCUCUCCCUCCCUCCUUCUCUACCUCAUCUCUGUUAGGCUCUACUCUACAAAUAAGCUUCUUUAUCCACGCAGUGUGAGAACAAUGGCAACUGAUAAAUCCAGACCCAUACUCUCUAGCUUGGCAUCCUCGGGAAGAACUUUACCGUUAUCCAUAUAAUAACUGCCUCCCACAACGAUGCUGAUUGGCCCUUUUUGAACUCCAUGCCUCCCUCUUGAGCCAAUCACUGUUUCCAGAUUGUGCUACUAGAGUUGGCUUGUCCUGGAUCAUGUCUCUAUGGGCAGAGGUGGGGUUAACGGUUGUCAUUGACAACCUAUCUGAACUGCGCAUAAUGGGAUAGAAACGGUUCCCCAAAGCAAGAAAUAAAAUGCUGAGUUGAUUAAAAACCACCUCUUCCCAGAACAUCACAGAAGUUCAGAAUGAGAGGGCAAAGACACCCAAGAGGGUUUCUGGAAGCACUUGGUCCAGGUGGCAGCAAGAGCAAUUGCCAUGACUGUGUUUCUCUGCAUUCUAGGAUGUAGUGCAUUGGAAUUCCAGAAGAGUCCUGUCCGCGACACCCCUGAAACAGACCACGAAUACCUCCAGUCCCUCUGUCUUCAUUGCUGCUUCUCUGAGUGCAGCCAUCCUCACCUCCUACCAGCCUCCUAAUAGACUCGCUGCUUCCACUCCUGUUCCUCUGAUACUUCCUCAAAUAAGAG